CCAGGCGCGAUGUCGAAUCCCGGUACCCGCCGGAACGGAUCCAGCAUCAAGAUCCGCCUCACAGUAUUAUGUGCCAAGAAUCUCGCAAAGAAAGAUUUCUUCAGACUUCCUGACCCAUUUGCUAAAAUAGUUGUGGAUGGGUCAGGUCAGUGCCAUUCCACUGACACUGUGAAGAACACGUUGGACCCCAAAUGGAACCAGCAUUACGAUCUAUACGUUGGGAAAACAGAUUCCAUAACCAUCAGUGUAUGGAACCAUAAAAAAAUCCAUAAGAAACAGGGAGCUGGCUUCCUGGGGUGUGUCCGACUCCUCUCCAAUGCCAUCAGCAGGCUAAAAGAUACUGGAUACCAGCGUUUGGAUCUAUGCAAACUCAACCCCACAGACACCGAUGCUGUCCGAGGCCAAAUAGUGGUCAGUUUACAGACACGGGACAGAAUAGGCACAGGAGGUUCUGUAGUAGACUGCAGAGGACUUUUGGAGAAUGAAGGUUUCCCCAUUUUCAGAACGGUUUAUGAAGAUUCCGGCCCGGGGAGGCCCCUGAGCUGCUUCAUGGAGGAGCCGGCGCCGUACACGGACACGACGGGAGCGGCGGGAGGAGGCGGCUGCCGCUUCCUGGAGUCUCCCAGCCACGAGCAGAGGCUGCAGGCCCAGCGCCUCCGCACCCCCGAGCUCAGAGCUCAUGUCCAGACACCUCAGAACAGGCCCCACGGCCACCAGUCACCUGAGCUACCCGAGGGCUAUGAGCAAAGAACAACGGUACAGGGACAGGUUUAUUUUUUGCACACACAGACUGGAGUGAGCACGUGGCACGACCCAAGGAUACCAAGAGACCUUAACAGUGUGAAUUGUGAUGAACUGGGACCUUUGCCUCCAGGCUGGGAAGUCAGAAGUACAGUUUCAGGAAGAAUAUAUUUUGUAGAUCAUAACAACAGAACCACACAAUUCACAGAUCCACGACUACAUCACAUCAUGAACCAUCAAUGCCAGCUAAAAGAGCCCAGCCAGCAGCCUCUACCAGCUCCAAAUGAGGGAUCAUUGGAAGAGGGUGAGGAGUUGCCUGCACAGAGAUAUGAAAGAGACUUGGUACAAAAGUUGAAAGUUCUUAGACAUGAGCUCUCUCUUCAGCAACCUCAGGCUGGUCACUGUCGCAUUGAAGUAUCCAGAGAGGAAAUAUUUGAGGAAUCCUAUCGUCAGAUAAUGAAGAUGAGGCCAAAGGACCUGAAAAAGAGGCUUAUGGUGAAAUUCCGAGGAGAGGAAGGCCUGGACUAUGGAGGAGUAGCAAGAGAGUGGUUGUAUUUACUGUGCCAUGAAAUGUUGAAUCCCUACUAUGGACUUUUCCAGUACUCCACAGAUAAUAUUUAUAUGCUGCAAAUCAAUCCAGACUCUUCUAUCAAUCCUGACCAUUUGUCUUAUUUCCAUUUUGUUGGUCGGAUCAUGGGUUUGGCUGUGUUCCAUGGACACUAUAUCAACGGGGGGUUCACAGUCCCCUUUUACAAACAGCUGCUGGGGAAGCCCAUCCAGCUCUCGGAUCUGGAAUCUGUUGACCCAGAAUUACACAAAAGUUUAGUCUGGAUCUUAGAGAAUGAUAUCACACCAGUCCUGGACCAUACGUUCUGUGUGGAACACAAUGCCUUCGGGAGGAUUUUACAGCAUGAACUCAAACCAAAUGGCAGGAAUAUUCCAGUGACAGAGGAGAACAAGAAGGAAUAUGUCAGGUUGUAUGUGAACUGGCGGUUCAUGAGAGGAAUAGAGGCUCAGUUCCUGGCUCUGCAGAAAGGUUUUAAUGAACUUAUUCCUCAACACCUCCUUAAGCCUUUUGACCAGAAGGAACUUGAGCUGAUCAUAGGAGGCCUGGAUAAGAUAGACCUGAAUGACUGGAAGUCCAACACCCGCCUAAAGCACUGCAUGGCUGACAGCAACAUCGUCAAGUGGUUCUGGCAAGCAGUGGAAACGUUUGAUGAGGAAAGAAGGGCACGGCUGCUGCAGUUCGUGACGGGCUCGACUCGUGUCCCACUUCAAGGUUUCAAGGCUUUACAAGGUUCUACAGGCGCUGCAGGACCCAGACUGUUUACCAUCCAUUUAAUAGAUGCAAACACAGACAACCUUCCAAAAGCCCACACUUGCUUUAACCGGAUCGACAUUCCGCCUUAUGAGUCAUACGAGAAGCUUUAUGAGAAGCUGUUGACAGCUGUGGAAGAGACGUGUGGGUUUGCUGUGGAAUGAAAAAGCAACCAAAGGAAACAGAUGCUAGCUCAUGGACCACCAAAUCAAAAGCUAGAAGAAGCUUGCUGUGAACUUCCUGCUAAGCUGUAUGAAACAUCUGAACUCUGACAACUUAGAGAUGGGGCUGUUUCCCUUCCGAUGCUGGUGGAUUAGGGGGGAGGGUCGGGGCUUUUCUUGGUGGUUCCCAACUCUAUUUUCUCCCCUUUGUUACAAUAACCCCCUUCCCCCUUCUUCCAUCCCCCCUGAAACGAAAUGCAGCCAAGUUCAGCAUUUGGCUUUGGUUACACAGGAUAUUCUGCUAGAUUUGUAACACAUAUUGUGAUAGGGUCAGCGACCUGUGGGGCUUUUUUAAUAGGAGAAUCAAAGUGUAUUUGAGAAUGAGCUUAAUUUGCUGAGGACUUGCAACUGGUAGGUGCACCUGGUUAGUCUGUCUUAAAUCAAGCUUGAGCCUUUGUAGAGUCCAGCAGGUGCAGAGUGUCUGACUGGCACCAGAAAUUGCAUUGCACAUUUUAAACAUCUAUUUAAAAAGUAAACUUCUAGCAGAAAAUACCUCCAUAUGAACACUUAACUGAAAGGUAAAGAAAUCCAAGUUCUGCCUUAGCAGGAAGCUCCCAGUGAAAGCUGUGGCUCACCUUGAGAAAAGUGAAGGAAUCUGGGACAGCUUAAACGGUAUUGUGUGAGUUCUUUUUGGUUGUCCUGGCUGAAAUCUAAUUGUUUUGCACGUGAAAACAGUUCUUUCCUCCUGCAGAAUUACUUUCCAUAAUUUGUUCAGAUGUAAGUACCUUGCAGAGAAGCUUUGUGAGGAGGAGACAGAGGAUAAAAAUCCAUUCAAUCCCAAAGCUGUGAUUUCUGUGCCACUGUUUUACCCAAGAUGUGUUUGUGUGACUUUAAAUCCUAAGACUCACAUGGAAAUCACUAAAAUUCAAGUUAACAGUGCAAACUCCUGCUUCAAAUUUUUUGGCCUUGGGAAAGGUUUAUUUGGAGAUUGAGGUUAAAGGGAACUAUAUAGUGAAUACAUUCUAAAUGUUACAGAAAGCUAUUGGAAGAAUUUAUGACUUGAGUUCUGUAGGGAUGAAACUUUCUCCAGAGAGCCAUAUAAGGCUAUUUUUUCCAAUAUCUGAAACUAAUAUUAAAACGUUUGUUCUCUAACACAGGGGAAACAAAAGCAAAUCCAAUACCUGAAUGUCUUGGUUUGAAACAGAGGUGUCUGCUAAGGAAGGCAGGAGCCUCCCUUGUAAUGGAAAAUGUAACCCCUUUCCCUCCAAAUUACUAUAAUUUUGAAAUUACUGGGCUUUCAGACAAAGAUAGAAGAAAUAGGAAUAGGUUCUUUGCUAGUAUAUAUAACCAGGCAAUAAUACAGAAACACUGGCUUAAACUGACAGUCAGGACAGGAGCUGACACCCUGUUGGUCAGGGGGUGGUGGCAGUCUGAGUGAGUGGUGGCUGCAGUUCUGGAGUGGUAGAUGUGCUUCUCUUGGAGCAGUGAAGGGUCUGCUCUUCUUCUGAAGGUGCAGUGGUGGUUGUGGAGCCCUUGUCCUCUGGGAAUGCAGUAGGUAAAGGCUACUGUGGUGUUCCAAAGCUCAGGUUAUAUCCAGGUAGGAAUGCUUGUCUCCUCCUGCUGGGCAGAGCAUCUCACAAUGGGAUGAUGUAAUUUUAUGAGUCAUGCAGUGAGGCUUGAUGGGCCAUUAACAGAAGAUAACUCCUGGAGGGAGUUAUCAGGGAUGUGUCCUGGAAGAGAUAAGAACAAUGCCCCACUUGUUUUUAACAGAUGGUGGUGGGAUACAGACUUUUGGUUACAUCUUACAUUGUAACCUGAGACAUUAUCUACCCCUCAUUCUGUUACCAUCUGCAUCAUACCCAAAUCAAUACCCUCUUUAAACUCUGCUUUUAUGUGUAUAUACAAUGAAACCUUGCACACAGUUCUCGCUUAAGAUUAGGUCUCCCUAUGAUACACAAUGGGUUUUCCCAUCUUUCUGCAUUACCCACCAAGUGUAAUCAGGUCCUUGAGCAAAAACACAGAUGAGUUUGCUUUUGCCUGAGAUGGGACUAAUCCAAACAGUCUUUCCUAAAAUACCUUCCGUGUGUACCACAGGGAGUUUAUCUCCAUCAACUGUGUGCAAGGCUUUGGACUGGGCAGGACCAGCUCAAUUCAUGGACCCUGGAUGGACCAUCCAGGUGGCCUUUGCUAAAUUCACUUCCCAAUUUUUGAAGGUCCCCCUGCCAAGUGCCUUUAGGGUAGUCUUGAGUUGUCUCUUGCACCAUUUAACUUUUCCUAGCAGCUGGUGCAUGAUAAGAGAUAUGAUAAAUCCAUUCAAUGCCAUGUUCUCUGGCCCAGGUGUUUGUAAGGUUAUUCUUGAAAUGGGUCCCGUUGUCUGACUCAAUUCUCUCAGGGGUGCCUUAUAUCUACAGCACUUGCUUUUCCAGGCCCAAGAUGGUGUUAUGGGGUAGUGUGAGGCACAGGGUAGGUCUUCAACCAUUCAGUGGUGGCUUCCACCAUGGUCAGCACAUAGUGCUUGCCUUGGCAGGUUUGGGGAAGGCUGAUGUAGCCAAUUUGCCAUGCUUCCCCAUACCUAUACUCUGACCAUCAUCCACCACACCACAGAGGCUUCCCCCUCUUGGCCUGUUUGAUUACAGCACAGGUCUCACAGCUGUGGGUGACCUGUGAGAUGCUGUCCGUGGUCAAGUCCACCCCUCAGUCACGAGCCCAUCAGUACAUUGCAUCUUGUCCCUGAUGACCAGAGGCAUCAUGGGCCCAAUAAAAUGCUCCAUUUGUUUCUGGCAAACUGUACGCACCUUUUUUCCAUUGGCUCUAUCCUAGACCAGUCGUGGGGAAAAAUUUCUCCCCUACCCUAAAGAUACUGAAAUUAUAGCAUAAAACACAAAAGAAAAGGAACCAGACCACCUGUGCAGAAUGACUGUACUUUACUGACAAAAAAGGAUACCCAACAGAGCACUUCCCUGCUCACACACAGCCAUAGGGCAGCUGAGCAGCCAGGCCUAGUACACAGAAGGAAAAGGGAAACUAAUGAGGGGCAGAGCUUGAUCUGCAGCACAGGUAGAGCGUGGAAUUGUUUUCCAACUCUUCCAGCCAACUUCUACUGGGAGAUGUUAUCCAGAGUUCCCUGUAGAGAAAGAGGAGAGUCUGGAGUUGAUCAGUGGUUCUUUUUUGUUGAGGCAAAACCAGAGAAACCCAUCACAGCUGCCAUUUCAUCAUUCUCUUCAAAGGUCAAAUCUUCCUCUGCCCGCCUUUUCUUCUCUCUCUGCUUCA